AAUAAACAGAGAAGAAAAGUGAGAAACGCUUAAAACCUUUUCAAGAAUACAUGAACUCUUCCUCUUCCUCCUCCCCUAGUUCCACUUCAAAGUUUCUUGAUUUGGGAUCUGCGAUCGGACAAAAGGAAGUGAAGAAAAUUUUGGUCUUGUUUCUCGGCUUAGCUGCUUCAUGUCUACUUCUUUACAAAACAGCUUAUCCUCUUCCUCAAGAGCUCCAGGUCAACAAUCUCACCUCUCCUCGUCCUUUGCUCGAUCACCCCUCUUCGUCUUCUCCACAAACAAGAUCAAAGUCAAUCAGUUUUAGAGAAGUUCUGGAGAAUGCGUCCACAGAAAAUCGAACAGUUAUCGUAACUACGUUGAAUCAAGCGUGGGCAGAGCCGAACUCUCUGUUCGAUUUGUUUCUUGAAAGCUUUCGUAUCGGACAAGGAACACAGAAGCUACUUCAACACGUGGUUGUUGUUUGCUUGGAUCCCAAGGCAUUUGAUCGGUGCUCACAACUUCACCCUAAUUGCUACUAUUUAGAAACCUCAGGAACUGAUUUCUCCGGCGAGAAACUGUUUGCUACUCCUGAUUACCUCAAAAUGAUGUGGAGGAGAAUCGAGCUUCUCACACAAGUGCUUGAAAUGGGAUUUAACUUCAUCUUCACGGAUGCAGAUAUAAUGUGGCUUAGAGAUCCAUUUCCUCGGCUAUAUCCAGAUGGGGAUUUUCAGAUGGCGUGUGAUCGAUUCUUCGGUGAUCCUUAUGACUCAGACAAUUGGGUAAACGGAGGCUUCACUUACGUGAAAUCAAACCACAGAAGCAUUGAGUUCUACAAGUUUUGGUACAAAUCUCGUCUAGAUUAUCCAGAGUUACAUGACCAAGAUGUGUUCAACAAGAUCAAACACGAGGCUAUAGUCUCAGAGAUUGGGAUCCAGAUGAGAUUCUUUGACACGGUUUACUUUGGUGGGUUUUGUCAGACGAGCAGAGACAUAAACUUGGUGUGUACGAUGCAUGCUAAUUGUUGUAUUGGAUUAGAGAAGAAGCUUCAUGAUCUUAAUCUCGUUCUUGAUGACUGGCGAAAAUAUUUGUCUUUAUCUGAACAAGUUAUGAAUACGACUUGGAGUGUUCCUACGAAGUGUUUGUGAAUUGAAAGACUUGAAUUCAGUUUGAGGGGCAACUUUGUUGUUUAAUUUGUGUAAAGCAUAAAGCUUUCAAAAAUGAAUAAUUGUGUUUAAAGAAAUAAUCUUAUC